UCCAUCCAUGUCUGUGUUGUGUUUAAGAUCCUUGGUACGAUGAGAAUGUGUUGGUAAUCCGUAGAUGAUGGUUCUUCGUGGAAAAGUUGGGGGGUUGAAAAGUUAAAUUAAAGUGUAUUGUGUUGACUGGAGGUGCAUUUUUUAGAAACUGAAUGGCAUUUUUUACCGUUAAUGUAUUUUAUGGCUAUGCUUAAAACAAUUCGUGUCAAAAUGCUUGGAUUGAUGUCUGUCCACAAUUUUGUGUGUUCAGUGUAAGAUUCUCUGAUCCGAUGUGCAAUGUUUGGCACGUGUAGUAGAAGAGCAUUAUAAACUCAAUAUGGCGGUUUUGGAGUGUUCGGCUUUUUCAGAAAGUGGAAAAUAUUUUGGAUAUUGUGGUGUAGAUGGGAAGCUGAAGGUGUGGGAAACGGAAUCUGGGAUAUUAAGUCAAGAAUAUACACCAAACUUACAUCUGUCCUCUCCAUGUACUUGUCUUACAUGGGUAGCAUCUAGAAAUUCGGUAUCACCACGGAAGAGGAAGAAGCGGAAAUCAGAUGAACAUGGGUCUGAGACAGACACUUUAGCACUAGGAACAGUUUCAGGCAAUUUGCUGUUAUACAGUGUUACCAGUGGCAGCAUGGUCAGCCAGCUAGAUAGUGGGCACAGUUCUGCCGUGAAUCAUGUAGCUUGGAGCAGAGGUUCCAAUUUAUUUAGCUGUGAUGACAGACAUAUUGUAGAGUGGAAUGUUGCUGACUGCUCUGUUAAGAGCAAAUGGAAAGCUGGGUCAGAGCGAGUUACAUGUUUGCUGGUGCUGCCAGACAGUAAUUCACUACUGGUAGCAGGAUGUACAAUUGGCUUGUGGGACAUACCCAGCAAGAAACUUAUGCGUAGGUAUACGGGUCAUGCUUCAGAAGUGACAUCUCUGACACUUGUCCCAGGUACAGAAAGUUACUUCAUAAGUGCAGCCAAGAAUGACCGACUGCUCAGUGCAUGGUCAUUAAGUUUAAGGAGUCAAGAUAAGAAUGCUGUGGCAUCAUUUGCGAUGGAAGAUGUUGCAACAAGUGUGUCAUUGUGUAGUACUGAUACAACCAGUGUGGUUGCAGUUACUAGCAGUGGCGUACUGCACGUAUACAGGCAUCAGCUGAAUGGAAAGUGCUCUAAACCCUUGAAGCCAAAAGUAACAGUACAGAUAGCAACUGACACAGGUCAGAGCAAGGAUGCUGUGCAGCGAAUCCCAAUCCUUGGAGCUAUGAAGCUGGGAUCCGGUAUCAUUAUAGCUCAUGGGAGUCCAGUUUUUCUCUCAUUUGAGACAAUAUGUCCUAAGGAACAUGAAAAAGUGGUAUGUUUGGUGAGACAAGAUCCUAGGAAGAAGAGUACAUCAAGGGAUGGUGUAGUGUCAAAGGUAAAAAUUCCAGAGGCUAGUGAUAGUGUUGAAUAUGUCUCCCAAACAGCAACAGUAGUGACACCUGUAAAGAGAGGCAAAAAGCUGAAGUCAGAUGUACCUAUGGAGGAACGUCUCGAAAACUUAAGUCUUACGAGGCAAGAAGCUGGUGGCCACGAACCUCCAAGGACAGACAGCAUGGCUCAUCUGCUUAUGCAGGGACUAUGCAGUAAGGACAGAAAGAUCCUGCAGAGUGUCUUGAUGAAGAAUGAUCCAGCCCUUAUUUCCAGCACUGUUAUGAGACUCUCUCUUCAGUGCACUAUUCCACUACUUAAGGAACUUGUCACACUCAUCCAGGGCAAGACAAUAGCGAGUCAGAUUGCUGUCCUUUGGCUGAAAGCUGUUAUUAAAUCACAUGCUGGUCAGUUGAUGGCCAACUCUGAUGUAAGAGAUACAUUGUCUCCUGUCCUAGGACUAGUGGAAACAAGGUUGGGGCUGUUGGCACCUUUGUCUCGACUUCGUGGUCGCCUUGAUUUGCUGGUGGAUCAGAUGGGGGAAAGCAACAAGGGGAAUGUCACUGGAGACCUUGGGGAAAGUCUUCUUGUAUUCCAGGAUCAAGACUCAGAGGAAGGCAGUGGAAUAGAAGACACAGCUUUAGGCAGUGAAUCAGAAGAUCAUUGGGAAGAACUGUCAGAUAUGAACAUGGAGGAAGAGGCAGAGGCUGAAGGGGAAACGGAAGAGUUGGAUAUGUCAAGCUGAGAACUUGCAGGUGCUUUUGUGUUGGAGUGAUACGGUGAAGAAGAGAUUUGUGUCUAGAAGAAACUUGACAGACUGAUUGGAAGGUAACAACUUGACAGUAGGGAGAAUAUCAUUAUACAGAAUGAUUUACAAUUCAGAGUGACUUUGUUGUAUAACACUUUUUUUUUCUCCUCUUCGUAUAAUUUUGAAUUGUUUUACAUCAUGCCACAGAAUGUGAUGACAAAGCAUUUAGAUGUAUAUCUUGCAUGUGAAAUAUUUAUCAAAAGGACUGCUGUAUUACCACAUGUAGAUGCAAGAGGUAAUACAAUUGCGAUGGAUUUUUUUAACCUUAUUUUACUAUGCCCAUGCUGGUCAGAUGCAGAUUGCUGUGCCACUGAUGUCUAUGGGAAGUGACAUAAAUACAAGUUCCUUGGUAUCAUUUUGCCUUUCUAUCUUCCCCACAAAUACAGUAUACAAUUUUCUUUUCUGAUGGGAGAAUGAAUCUGGUUAAUACUCAGCAGAUAAAUUUACACUGUUUUUCUGUUUUCUGAAUCAUAAAGAAUAAUAUGAAGACAUCAAAACAUUUGACAUUUCAUUUCUGUGUAAUAUCCUGGAGCAGAAUUACAAGACUGGAAGUACCCUGUUUUGAAAACUGGAUUCAAUUCUCCUGUUAUGGACUUCCAACUGUGAGACAUUGCACUAUAUAAGAAUUUUAAAUGAGUUGUGUAGACCUUAACCCUUUGACUGCUAUGUGCAGGAUUCCUGGACUAGCACAUAUUAUAUCUCACUUCACUCAUGAUAUUUUGGUCUAUAAGUUUUGCUUAUAAAAUUAUUUUAUCCUGUUUUAUAAGAAAGGAUAGGCUGAUGAUAUCAUAUCUGUGUGUGUGCAUGUCCCGCCCACCCUAAUAACUCCUGAUGGAUUUGCAUGAAACUUGGUAUGAACUUGUCAUUGAAAGCUACACCAUAUUUAUGCUUUUUUAAUUCUCUUUACCAUAAACACUGACAUGGCUGUUAUACGAACUUCUGAUAGAGGUUGACACAAGGGCCAUUUAUUGUAAUGCACUAAAAGUUUGAGUAAUGGUUAAACUUUAAAGAAUAUGCAACUUCAUACAAGCUGUACAAAGUCAGUAUUUGGCUCUCCAUUUAGUAAUGCUGACUAAUGAUUAAGUGUCUCCUUUUGUUUAAUAGAUACGGUUAAUGGUAAACAGUUUUAAAAAACAUACAACUCUUAAGGAAAAAUUUUAUCUGUUAUAUAUAAGUGUAACUAUAUCUGUGGUCAAUAUAUAACUCCAAAGUUGUUAUUUUGAGGUAGGUAUGAGUAUUGACUACAUCUUAGAUGUUCUUUUGUUUGGUUAAAUGCUGAUAAUGUAUUAUUUUCCUAUUCUUGAAUUCUGGUGAUGGUGUGAUAUAGUCAGGUUUAUCAGGUUUUUGGAUUUUGUCCAUCAUCCAAGGUUAAAAUGUAUACAAUGUUUCAAAAACUGGACCUGUUUUGAGAUGUAUAGAUCAGGGGCACCUACUCUGUUUUCAAAACAUUGUAUACAUUUAAACCUUAGACAAUUCACAGAGUCCAAUAACCCAAUAAACCUGACUAUGUCAUACCAUCGUCAGAAUCCAAGAAUAGGGAAAUAAUAUAUUAUCUUGGUCCAUCUAUAUGCUGAAUGAAUGGAGAGCGAAGCAGAACAUUUCGGUUGUAGAAAUAAUAUUCAGGCCAGAACAUGAACAUCAAAGUAGUAUUAUGAUUAGGAAAGUAGGAUUUAUCUCUGUCCUUGGAGAUUGGUUCAGAAUGAAGAUGAGUUGCAAAUGUUAAAAGUGAAGCUUUUGAGUCAGUAUUGAAAACUUGUGUGUUAUAUACAGACUAGAUGUAUGUGAAGGUGUUCACAAAAGUAAAUGCCCUCAGCUAUUACUACAUUAAUAACUUCCCAUAAUUCCACUGCUUUGAGAUUUUUGUUUCUCACAGUGGUGAAGAUGUUGAUUGUACUGUGUAGUCUUGUAGGUAGUUACCAAUUUUCUGAAGAGAUGUUUUGCAACAACCUGCAAAACUACAUGGUGUCAUAACCCAGAAUACCACAAUCAACAUGUAUUUUAUGAAUCUAAAAAUUGCUGAUUCUUUAUAUUUAUAAUGAAAGUUUCAUUGAUCACAAAAAUUCUUACACCACUUUUUCAGGAAGAUAUGGAUACUUAUAAAAUGUUAGUUAAUUGAGAUUAUUAUAUUUGAUAUAUAUAUUAGCUUACUCUGAAUUGUAAACAAGGCAUUGCUGUAUAUGUGAUUUCUAAUCAUUAAAUUGCUGGGAAAAUAUAUUGAACCUGAAAUGAUUUAAUGUAACUUGGUAUAAUAGUUUUAAUAUGAGAGAAGAUAUUUCUGGAUUAAAUAAAAUGUUGGCAGAAGGAAAGUUU